AUGGACCUCGCCCUCCAGCUACGCCUCGCCCUCCAAGCAGCCCACUACCCAACCCCGACCACGCCCUGGCUCACCGCCCUGCUCGGCACCCGCCACCCGCCGCCGCCGCUGCCGUCCCUCGUCGCCACAGCCAAAGCCCGCCUCCUCGCCGCCGACCUCACGACCCCAGCCCUCCUCGACCCGGCCCACGCCGCCGCCUUCCCGCCCGACCUCGCCGCCCCGACGACCCCCGCCCGCACCCUCGCCGCCGACAUCCACGUCCAGGUCGCCGACGUCGAGAACCUGUCGCGCAGCCGCUGGGAGCAGGUCGAGGCCCUCGAGGCCCUCGAGCGCGGCGAGGGCACCCGCGGCCGCGAGAUCAUCCGCCUGCCGACUGACGACGCCGCCGACGGCCAUGACCUCGGCGACACGGCGACGACGCAGCAACCGCAGCAGCUGCCCUCGACCAGACCGUCUGCUGCUGCCGCGCCCGCGAAUGCCACGCACAGGCUCGUGCUGCAGGACUGUCGUGGCCAGAACGUCUACGCGCUGGAGCUGACGAGGAUCGAGAGGAUCGGCGUCGGCGUCACGGCUAUUGGCGAGAAGAUGCUCAUUCGCAGCGGCACCAGGGUUGCGAGGGGCACCUUGCUGUUGACGCCCGAGAAUUGCGUCGUGCUCGGCGGCAAGAUUGAGGCGUGGCAGCGACCGUGGGUCGAGGGACGGUUGACGAGGUUGAGGGAGGCUGUGGGCUCGGAAGCCGGGUCGCGGCCGUGA